UGUUGUCCACCAUAUUGGGUUGAGUUGCCCGGAGCGAUGGAGGAGACGAAGCGGGAAAGUGAAAAGUUCGUUUUAGCGAGGAUGAGCUGCGUCGAGGAGAAACGAGCCGCCGGCCGUAGGAAGAAAAAUAAUAACAAUAGCAGCAGUGGUGGUGGAGGAGGCGGCGUUAGCGCGGCGGUCCCCCGAGAGAACUGGAGCCCCAUCCUGGCCGGGGAGUCGCCGAGCCUUGAGCACGGCAAACAGCGGGGGAUGGGGACGGGUACAGGCCCAGACUGGGCUGGGGAGCAGCCAUCCCUCACAGCCCAUCAUCCAGCACAGGACUGUUGCUUGUUGUGCCACCACGAACGUAAAGACUGGGGAACGCAACCGAAUGGGAUUGCGGAUCUAAAGACACUGGCACAUGCGGUGCCCACAUUGGCACACACCCUUUUGGAGCACAUGCCUCUCUGGAUAUGUCAGACCUGUCAAAGAAGAGUUGAGGAAGAGGAGCAACGAUCCAUUCUUGAGCAGACCCUCAUGAUUGGACAGAGUGAAUGUCAGGCACAUAAACGAGAGGCGCCUGGAAUCCAGCAGAGCAAGCAGUGACUGUUCCAGAUUGCCCUCCUGCGUCUCCAUAAAAGCCAGUCCUGUGCAAUGUA